AUGUCUGGAGAAAUCAGGAGGAAACUCGUCAUCGUCGGCGAUGGUGCUUGUGGAAAGACAUGUCUCUUGAUUGUAUUCAGCAAGGGCAUGUUCCCCGAGGUCUACGUCCCCACCGUCUUUGAGAACUAUGUCGCCGACGUCGAGGUCGAUGGCAAGAAGGUCGAGCUGGCCUUGUGGGAUACUGCUGGACAGGAAGACUAUGACCGUCUUCGACCCCUCUCCUACCCCGACUCGCACGUCAUUCUCAUCUGUUUCGCCAUCGACUCUCCUGAUUCCCUCGACAACGUCCAAGAAAAGUGGAUCUCUGAAGUCCUCCACUUCUGCCAAGGCCUCCCCAUCGUCCUCGUCGCUUGUAAGAAGGAUCUCCGAGAGGACCCCAAGACCACCCAGGACCUCGCUAGGAUGAACCAGAGGCCCGUCUCCCGCGCUGAGGGUGUUGCUGUUGCGCAAAAGAUUGGCGCCCAGGGCUACGUGGAGUGCAGUGCAAAGACUGGCGAGGGAGUGAGGGAGGUGUUCCAGACUGCUACCAGGCAUGCUCUCCAGAGCAAGAAGGGCAAGAGCAGGAGCGGCAAGAAGGGAUGCGUCGUGCUCUGA